AUGGCUGGCUCUGUCGAUGCGCUGCAGCAUUGUCUCACGUUGAAGCUACCAGAUCUGGAGUAUGCUCGAGCAUCCCUCCGAGCCUGUUCGCGCGAUGUCGUGGCCCUCUUGGGGACAAAGACUCACGUCCCUGACGUCAGAUCAUUGUUGCAGCAUCCUUCCGCCACUGCAGCGUUCACGACGAUCGCGACGGCAUGCUGGAGGCGUUGGCUCUGGUGCAACAGGUGCCACUGUCUGAGGCCCGCGGACAAUGCAUCAUGCCAGAUAGCGGAUGGCCGCAUCACGACAUUACUAUUCGGUGGCUUGUUUUUGAUCGCGGCACAUCAUGCGGGUCGCGUGGCCAGUGUGCAAUGUUCUGAAUGUGCUGGCAGCCGGCACGGUCGAGAUGCCCCUGCAGUCCGACACCUCCCACUCUUGAAGUGUGACCGCGGUGCAGUCAUCGGUGCAAAGGGCAACGUUGUGGAGGCCAUCCGCAGAGAGACGGGGGCGCGAGUGCAGGUGCCACCGCCCGAUGUGGCACAAGACGACCAUCGGUUGACUCUAUCUGGCACUUGGGAGCAGUUUCGCCGCGUCAAUCGCGCCGUAGAGGCGGUCUUGCUUGGGGCAUCGGUGAACGACGCACUUGCGCGCAGCGCUGUUGUCCCGCUGGCGUGCCCGACGCCGCUGGCGCCCCCCAUGCAUCGCUCGAGGGGCGAGGCGUCGUCGGCGCCCCUGGGCCAGACGAGGGGCAGGGCGCUUUCUCGAUCCAGAUGGACCCCUUCGCUGAGCGGAUCCUUGUCGCGGUCGGUCAUCAUCCACCGAGAGUUCGUGCGCGCUGGAAUCGUGCGCCGCCUCCCGCCGCGCAGCCACUCCUCGGCUGGCCGCGACUGGUCCUCGGCCGCGCGUUGCUCGAUGGCGGCAAGUCGCGGGAGGGGCGCCGGUCGUGGAGGCGUUCGACGUCCCAGUGCUCGACGACGAAGACGUCGACUCCGACCGAUGAUCUUUGUUUUCCUUCCUUCCGCCCUCGCGCGCACGCCCUGGGGCUGCGUGCCCCUCUUCCUUCCUCUUCCCUUCUAUCGAUCUUUGUCCCCCCGCGCGCCCCCUCCUCCGCCCCCCCUGCAGUUGCUUCCAAUAUCCUUCUCCCUGUGCUCGUUGUGUGCGCCCUCCUCUGACAGAGGAAUGCGCGCGGAAAGCGAUUCUGAGUUCGACGCACGCGGUGCUUGUUUGACCGUUUGUUUCCCUAGCUCUCGUUGGUGA